AUGACCCUCAACAAACACUGGAAGUACCCUGACGGCGACUUAGUCACCACCAAUUUGAAGGGGCUCGUCCGCACUAACCCGCAAUUGCGUCUCUUAGAGCAAGAGAAAGUCGUCUAUCGGGAAUCGCCCAAAGAUAAAGUGGCGGUGAUUCUGGGCGGCGGUGCUGGCCACGAGCCUCUUCAUGCCGGCUACGUUGGUUCCAAUUUGCUCAAUGCUGCCGUGCUGGGGCUGAUCUUUGCCCUGCCACUGACGAGACAGAUCAUGGCUGCCAUCACCGCCGUCGCCUCAAAACAGGCGGGUGUAGUGCUUGUGGUGAAGAACUAUACCGGCGAUGUGCUCCAUUUUGGCCUCGUGUGUGAGAGAGCUAAAGCCGCUGGGUAUAAAGUGGAUACCGUCAUUGUUGCCGACGACGUCGCUGUCGGUAGAGACCAGAACGCCAUGGUGGGCCGUCGUGGUUUAGCCGGCACUGCUUUGAUUCAUAAAGUUGUCGGUGGAGCUGCCUCUCAGGGAUAUGACGUGGACAAAGUGGCAGAAAUUGGUAACUAUGUCAACCAGAGACUUGUCACGUUGGGGGCGCUGUUGGACCGCACGCUGGUCCCCGGACGCCUGGCAGACGACCAGGUGGAAUUCUGUAAAGACGAUGAAGCUGAAUUGGGGCUUGGCAUCCAUAACGAACCGGGGACGAAGAUUCCUAUCCCGGAAAUUGACUCCCUCAUCAAAGACAUGUACACCAAGUUGACGAGUCCAGAUGAUGACCAACGUCACUAUGUCAACUUUGACUUAGCCAAUGACGACUACGUGUUAUUGGUUAACAACAUUGGUGGCACGCUGACAUUGGAAAUGAACGCUAUCACCGAAUACGCCGUUGAGCUCUCCCCUUUCAAGAAACCGCCUACCAGAGUGUAUCUCGCUGAUUUUGUCACCUCGCUCAACUCUCCAGGUUUCUCCAUCACUAUUUUGAAACUUGACGACCGUAAGCAGGAAAUUUUGGGCUUUUUGGACUUGGAAACCGAUGCUGCUGGCUGGCGCCCCAAACCUGCGUCUGGCUGGAAUUCCACUAACCAAAUCAUUCUGGAACAAGUGGAAGAACAACCUCUUCCCAAGCUGGACUUGCGUAUCGAUGCCACUAAGUUCCGCAAACACUUAGAUGCUGCGUUGAAGCUGGUGAUUGCUGCCGAGCCUAAAGUCACUCACUACGAUACUGUCGUCGGUGAUGGUGACUGUGGUGAAACGCUUAAGCUGGGUGCUGAAGCCGUCGGUGCAGUUAAGGACUACGGCGAUGACCCAGUAAACAUUCUUGUCCACAUCACCGAGAGAGUUGAAGACCUGAUGGGAGGUACUUCCGGUGGCCUCUAUCUGAUCUAUUUGACAGCCUUGCUGAAGAGUCUUAAGGGUACUCUGCAUCAAGACGUGGCUAACGCGAUGAAGGAAGCUCUUUACGAUGGUCUAUUCAAGUAUACUAGAGCCAGAGAGGGCGGCAGAACAUUGGUGGACACUUUACAACCGUUCGUCGAUACUUUUGUCAAGACCGGCGAUAUCAAGCAGGCGGUAGAAGCCGCGGAGAAGGGAUGUGAAGCCACCAAGACGAUGACGGCAAAGUUUGGUCGCGCUCUGUACGUGGACUCGCUGGAGUUUAAGGCCGAAGGUGGUAUCCCUGACCCUGGUGCCGUCGGCUUGUUGGCGUUGAUCAAGGGGUUUGUCGACGCGCAAACAAACUGA